AGGAAAGGGGCAGAGAAGUUUGGUGAUGUGACAUUAGCUGGGUGUAGUGCUGGAGGAGUGAGGGGCUGAUGAGUAGCAGUAAGUUAUAGGGGUGUAGCAGCAAACCUUGUGGAUCCAGAACCACUGAACCCCACCCCUCUUCCCCCCUGCAACCUGACAUCUGAGUAAUGGCACUGUGAAGUGCAGUCUGGGCGAGGACAUGCCCUGGCUUCUCUCCAUCUGCUACACUUCCACCUCCCCACUGUGACCCCCUGCCUCAUUCCACUGUGAUCCUGCUCCUGACACCCCAGCCCCAGGGCUCAGAGAAAAUGUUAAAGGCUGUAUUAAAGAAGAGUCGCGAGGGUGUGAAAACUAGCAAAAAUCAAGCCGAAGAACACACACACAACAUUUUAUUCACUGGUCACAAUGUGGGAUAUCCAAACAGCAACACAUGCAUACAAGAUGACUUAUACAAAAUGGGCUUCACAAAGGGAGUUUCUGUAUCCUUGCCAUCAUCACCGCUGCUUCCUCGCCAGUCAUACGCCAUGCAGCAGCGCCACAAGAAGUCUCCAGGGCCAAUGAGGAAGCCGAAGUAUGUUGAAAGUCCGCGAGUGCCAGGAGAUGCAGCUGUAAUGCCAUUGAGAAAAGUCUCAGAGUUGCCGGACUCGAACCAGAAUGAAGCAGCUCUGGAUAAAAAUAUAGGCUGUUCUCCUGCUGCGCAAGAGCUGAUGACAAGACUUGGAUUCUUGCUGGGCGAAGGAAUUCCAAACUCUACUCGAGUAUCUAUGGAUGAGAGGAAUGAAACUAUGUGUACAGUGACAAGUCACGGGAUAAGUCCCUGCUCAACCCUGACAAACAGCACAGCCUCCCCGAGUACUGCCAGUCCUUGUUCCACACUAAACAGCUGCAUCAGUAGAACAGCCGCCAACAGAACUAGUCCCAGUGGAACCAUCAGCAGCCCCAGCUCCACCCUGGAGAGCAAAGACAGCGGCAUCAUAGCAACGAUCACAAGUUCGUCAGAGAACGACGACCGCAGUGGUUCUAGCCUGGAAUGGAGCAAAGAUGGCAGUCAGAGAAUCGGCGGUCAUCAGGGGAUGAUUAACGAGCGGAGGAUUGAUAAUUGCUCACCGGUAGUGGAAGAAGAAACAUUGUCUGAGAAUUUGCAAAAAACGGAAUCCUCUGCUGGGGAAGGACCGAUUUCCUACUUGCAGAACAUCAGCUCAUUAGUGAUGCAACGACCCAACUCUGUGGCAGCCACUAGUUCCACAAAACUGGAAGAUUUGAGCUACCUGGAUGUACAAAGAAAUGCUCCCUUGCGGACCUCCAUCCGAAUGCCUUGGCAUAACACAGCUGGGACACGCGUGCAGCAGGAAAUCAAAUCUCGCUUUGUCCCCUACAAGCCACAGGACAUUCUUCUGAAGCCGCUGCUGUUUGAGGUGCCAAGUAUAACAACAGACUCCGUAUUUAUUGGAAGAGGCUGGCUCUUUCAGGAGAUAGAGGAGAAGAUGAGAAAAUCAGAGGUCCCAGAGAACCGAGGAGUCGUGAUUGUUGGCAGUGUUGGAUUUGGAAAGACGGCGAUAAUCUCCAAACUGGUGGCGCUCAGCUGUCACGGGACUCGCAUGAGGCAGAUUGCUUCCAAUAGCCCCUCUUCAUCUCCCAAGGGUAAUGAGCACACUCAGGACAUCCCACUGUCUCAGACAUCUCCGCUGAGCCUCAAUAUGUGCGGUACUAUGAACACCAUGAAGAUGCAGGGUUCCCGGGAAAGUCCAGAGCACCAAAAAUUGAUGGACGAUUCACUAAAGCAUCUGGCUUCUAAGGUUGUUGCGUAUCAUUACUGUCAGGCGGAUAACACGUAUACGUGCCUGGUGCCAGAGUUCGUGCAUAGUAUCGCGGCCUUACUGUGCCGCUCACACCAGCUGACCGCUUACAGGGAACUUCUUAUCAGAGAGCCUCACCUGCAGAGUAUGCUUAGCCUGCGAUCCUGUGUACAAGACCCUUUGACCGCUUUUAGAAGAGGAGUUCUGGAACCAAUGACUAAUCUUCGUCGAGAGCGAAAAAUCCCAGAGGAUGAAUUCUUCAUUUUGGUGGAUGGUUUAAAUGAAGCAGAAUUCCACAAGCCUGAUUAUGGUGACACCAUUGCUUCUUUUAUUAGUAAAAUCAUUUCUUCCUUUCCACCUUGGAUAAAGCUUAUUUUGACCGUGCGGACUAACUUGCAGGAAAUAACAAGUUCGCUGCCCUCAUCCAAGAUUUCCUUAGAUGAUUUUCCAGAGAACAAAGACCUAUACAAUGACUUGAGCGCCUAUAUACAAUACAGACAUAGCACAAGUCAGGAAAUUGCAAACAAUAUCUCCUUAAACGGCAAAACAGAUGCCACCAGCUUCAACAAACUGAGUGAUCACUUGGUGAUAAGGAGCCAGGGGUCCUACCUUUACCUGAAGCUCACUUUGGAUCUUUUUGAAAAGGGCCACCUAGUAAUCAAGAGCUCAAGUUAUAAAGUGGUCCCAGUAUCCGUGUCUGAGCUUUAUCUGCUCCAAUGCAAUAUGAAGUUCAUGUCUAAUUCUGCCUUUGAGAAAGCACUUCCAGUUCUGAACUUGGCUCUGGCCUCAUUACACCCUAUGACGGAUGAGCAGAUUUUCCAGGCCAUCAAUGCCGGCAGUGUUUAUGUUGAGCAGAACUGGAAAGAUUUUCAGCAGCGUAUGGAUCUUCUCUCAUGCUUCUUAAUUAAGAGAAGGGACAAGACGCGCAUGUUUUGUCACCCGUCUUUUAGGGAAUGGCUCGUAUGGAGAGCGGAUGGAGAGAGCACGCAGUUCCUAUGUGAGCCACGAAGCGGCCAUGCCCUCCUGGCAUUCAUGUUUUCUCGACAAGAAGGGAAAUUAAAUCGGCAACAGACUAUGGAGCUGGGGCACCAUAUCUUAAAGGCACACAUAUUUAAGGGACUCAGUAAGAAAAACGGGGUGUCAUCCAGUACUCUGCAGGCUCUAUGGAUUGGGUACAGCACUGAUGGUUUGUCAGCGGCUCUAGCUUCCUUGAGGAACUUGUACACCCCAAAUGUGAAGGUGAGCCGACUUCUGAUUUUGGCAGGCGCUAAUGUUAACUACAGGACGGAGGUUUUGAACAACGCCCCGAUUCAGUGCGUCCAGGCCCACCUCGGCCACGAGGAAAUGGUCAGCCUUUUGCUGGAAUUUGGUGCCUGCGUGGAUGGGGCAUCUGAAAGUGGAAUGACUCCUUUGUGCUACGCAGCUGCCUCCGGACACCUAAAUAUUGUGUCUCUUCUUUGCAAAAAAGGAGCAAAGGUGGAUCACAUAGAUAAGAAGGGGCAGAGUGCCUUGGUGCACAGUGCCCUGAGAGGACACACUGAUAUCCUCAAGUACCUACUGAGCUGUGACUGGACACCCUGCAACCAGCAGCCUAACCAUGUGAGAAGAACCCACGCCCUCCAGCAGUCGCUGACCGCUGCUGCCAGUAUGGGACACACAGAGGUGGUAAGAUGCCUUUUAAACCAUGAGAGAGAUUACUCUAUAGACAUCAAUGAGAAUGACACACUGUGGGGAGAGACAGCUCUCACAGCGGCAGCCGGCCGGGGAAAGCUGGAUGUUUGCGAGUUACUUCUCGACCAUGGAGCAAUCUUGUCACGAGUUAACAGACGUGGCAUCUCCCCACUCUUCUGCACUGUGCGCCAAGGAUACUGGCAGGUGGCAAGACUGCUCAUGCAACACGGCUGUGAUGUGAAUCUGAGUGACAAGCAAGGCAGGACUCCUCUCAUGGUCGCUGCGUGUGAGGGGCAUUGUGGGACCGUGGAGUUCCUUCUGUCAGAGGACGCAGACAUUGCAGCUCUUGACAAAGAAGGCUUGACGGCUCUUAGCUGGGCCUGUCUCAAGGGCCACAAAGCUGUCGUCCAGUGCUUAGUAGAAAGAGGCUCUACCAUUGACCAGAUGGACAGGAAUGGCCGUACACCGCUGGACCUGGCUGCAUUCUAUGGAGAUGCUGAAAUUGUGCAGUAUUUGGUUGAUAAUGGAGCUAUGAUUGAACACGUCGACUAUAGUGGGAUGCGACCCCUGGAUCGGGCCAUAGGAUGUCGAAACACGUCCGUUGUUGUGACGCUGCUUAGGAAAGGAGCCAAACUAGGUAAUGCGGCAUGGGCUAUGGCAACCUCCAAGCCAGAUAUUCUAAUUAUCCUCCUACAGAAGUUAAUGGAUGAAGGGAAUAUUCUGUACAGAAAGGGGAAGAUGAAAGAAGCUGCACAGAGAUAUCAGUAUGCUCUUAGAAAGUUUCCUCGGGAAGGAUUUGGAGAAGAAAUGAAAGCGUUUAAUGAGCUGCGCGUCUCUCUCUACCUGAAUAUGUCCAGAUGUCGCAGAAAAACAAACGAGGAAGCAGGUUCAGAUCUCCCCCAUUCUCAGGAUCCCUCACCUAUCCUUUGUGAUAUGAAGGAUUUUGGCAUGGCCGAGGAAUUUGCAACCAAGGCACUGGAGCUAAAACCAAAGUGUUAUGAAGCUUAUUACGCAAGGGCAAGAGCUAAACGAAACAGCAGGCAGUUUGUUGCUGCUCUUGCCGAUCUCCAUGAGGCUUUGAAAUUAUGCCCCAACAACCUAGAAAUAAGAAGACUCUUGUCUCGCGUAGAAGAAGAGUUCAAACAGCAGCAAAGGACACAACAGCAGAAGCAGUGCCAGCCGCCUCCACCACCCAGAAAUGACUCUGACCAAGAGGACGAAGCUCUGGAAGAAACACUGGACAAUCAUUUCAGUUUUGAGGAGAUAAGAGAGGAGGAAUUUCCAACAUCUGAUAAACUCCCAGGAAAUUCAAAGCCACAAGAUUUGGCCAACAAUAACGGAGUGCAGGGAUAUGUUAAUCAAAAGUACAAUUCUGAGUCUCCCGAGGAACAUCCAGGGAAAAACAUAUGUCUGCAACAAGCUCUACUACAGCGACCUACAAAGCAGGCACAAAUCGUGAAAACCAAUCAACACAUGAAUUCUUUGCAGUCUCUGUCUCGAUCUGGGAACAGUUUUUCUGCUCCAAAGAAUCAGGUGUCUAAUACCUUAGCACCUCCAAGCCCUCUUCCAUUGAGACAGUCUUCCAACCAAGGUAGUAUGAGAGGUCCUUCUGCAGAUGGGGCACAGUCUGUGACUUCUGGAACUCAUGGUUCUGUGUUCAGCGAGAAGGUCUCAUCAGGACACGCUGUCCAUAAGCAGCCUGGUGAGAUAUUGCAGUCAUACAAGACCCCUGGCCCCUUUGUAUCUAAAACUACAGAAAGACUUGUGGGACUCCCUGCACCUCAAGAGGCACAAAAGACUUCUCAUGAAAAACAAAUGGUAGUGAAGGAGAGUAAAAGGAUAGCUUCCCACAGCCUGACAGCAAGCAGCAGUUUUUCCGAAGGUGUUAAGGGACCUGAUGUGAGAAGCAAAGAAACGAAGUCCAACCAAACUUCAAGCGGACCUGCCGAAUAUAGACCACGAAACAUACCAUUUAUGGGGAUCAUGGACAAAACAGCCAGAACACUGCUGCCGAAUCCUCAGUCAGGCCGUAGUUGGCAAAACCAGUCAAUAGAUGUAAACACAAAUCCUCCCGUGACUGUUCAGUCUACAAACUUUGAGAAGAUACCUGCUAGGCAGGCAACUGGUUAUGGCAAUCAAAACAAAACCAUGCCAAACGUAUACGGAGGGAUUGCCCACAAUGGUAUAUACUCAAAGGAUAAUGAUGGAAAGGGUCAAACAUCUAGUCUUACCCAGGAUCCUAGAGUGUCCAAGUCGGUCACCCAGUCAUACCAAGAGGCGAUGCUGAGAUCACAAUCCCUUUUGACUAAAGAAACUAAUUUAAGUUCAAUGUCUUCUACCAAACCAAAGCGAUCAUUCAUAGAGUCAAACGUGUGACCAGAACAGUUGGGUUUUUGUGUAAGCCAUACUGGCAGCAACAAAAAGGGUCACGUAUAUUUUUAUUGUGUUGGGGGCAUCUUACACUUGACAUGAUUGUAUACAUUUUUUUCCAUCUCUUGGAGCUACAAAUAGAUCGCUCAUUAUGACUAGGAGAAAUAAUAUUAGUGGAAAAAAGAUCCUGAUAAUUAGACCAGUCAGAUCUCCAAAAAUACAUGAUCUUGCUUUGAAACAGGAAGAUAAGACGUAGCCAAAAAUUGUCUGGAAGAUAGGAGUCUGCUGGUCAGUGUCCACCAAUAUGUCUUGCAAUGACUGUUUUGGAUUAUGGAGCAGUUCUGUAGGAAGCUCACGGAUUUAGAUAUGGAACAAUGCACUAGAUUCCAUGUUUAUCACUGCCAGGAGGAGCCUAAGAACUGCCAGCUACCUACUUGGUCUUUGGAGCAAUACCAAAACACAUUGUAUCGUGUACAAAUCCACCAUUCCUGCCUUUAAAGAAUCCAUAGGACAAGUUUGCUGUAACCACAGCAGCCUGUAAAAUACAGUGCUCCAUAUUCAUAUCACCCCACCCCCUGCCAUUGCGCCAUUCCACUGACUGCGGAAGCAUGUGAAAAUGGUGCUGUAUUCCAUAGCAAAAGGAUUUAAAUCUGAUUGGUCGAUAAUAGCUUAGCAACCCGGACUUGGCAAUGUUUGUUAGUUACAGUACCUUUCUUGUUCACCAGUUUUUUUCACUAUCGCUGUACAGUGUAGUGGAUAAUGGAAAAAUUUAUAUAUAUGUAUAUUAUAAAAAUAUGUAGUUUUGAUGGAUGAGUUUAUGAAACGGGCUGCUUGCUGGAGCUGCUUAUAGUAACUGGAAUAUCAGUGUUAUACAAUGUUAAGAUGGUGCCUUUUUAAAAAAGAAAAACAUUUUUUUUAUGUGGUUAGCUGUGUAAAAGGAUUACAUUACGGUGCAUAUUUAUUGUGUGUUUAGAUAGGUGCCUUAUGUUACCACUUCUAAAGGGGAUGGUCCCAAAUCUAGAGUGUCCGUAUCCAAAGAUCAUUAAUCAAGGAGUAGGCAGCCUUCAGGGCCUGUCAAAUGAUGGGAGUAGUUGUCUGCCUGUGUGUCAGAAGGCUUCCUAAGCCAGGAUAACCUAGCUGCUGUUUUGGAUAACACUUUGGCUGCCAAGAGGUUAUCUCUAAAACCGGCAUUUUUCUAUAGCUAUGUAAAUUAACGUUUUAAUAGAAUACCAUAAUCUCUGCUAUUUUAUAGAGGGUCAUAUUAGGUAAAUUGUAAUAUAAUUUAUGACCGUGUAUUUCUAUAAAAUCAGAUAUCACAUUUUCUUAUGUACAUAAUGUAUAACGUUUUUAUGGAAAUUUAUACAUAGCCAUUUCUCGCAUGCAUUUUAAGGCUUCAACCUGGCUGGAUUUUGCACUGAGUUAAUAUAUAAAUAUGGCAAAAUAUCAGUUCUAGCAGUUAUCGCACUUUACUCUUGUUGUAUGUUAACACCUUUUAAGGUGCUAUCUUAGAGGAUAAUUGUAAAUUCAGAGAGAAAAGGUACAGGGAGAAUUAAAUGUACAGGGGAAAUUGCAUAUAUAUUUUGGAUGGAAAUAAGUUUUACAUAUACUUAUUGCCUAAACAGUGGAAAAGGCCAUUUUGUGUGCUGAGCCAAUCAGGUCACUUGGAACCAGUGCCCUGACUGAAUUACUUUGGUCCCCAGUGAUGUCACUAGCUCUGAGGGAAUUGAUUGGCUGCCUUCUCCUGAUUUCUAGUGGGUGAGCCCAGAAAAUGUCUAUCCACCAAGUGUGUUCAGGGGACUGUUUUUUGUUUUUUUUAAAUGUAUUUACCUUCUUAUGGUUCAACAGCGCAUUUUAAAGUACACCGAAAUCCCUCACAUCUAAACAAAUGUGUAAAGCCUUUUUGUUUAGGUUUCACUGCUACUUAAGAACAGUACGUACUUGUAGUAUGUCUGUUCAGUGUAAAAAUAUUAACAAGAAGUUCACAAAUACAGUAUGUUACCAUGUCCCUAUGUAGCUUAUUUAUUUUUACAACUCCAGUAUCUGUCUUUGUUUGGUCUGUAGCUUCUCUUUUGCACAUCUACUGUAUUUCCUUAAGGAAUAAAAAAUAUCAUUUUUGUAUGAUAAA